AUGUUUUCGUGCUUUCCGUGCUGCGGGCUUCCGCGAAAAAAGAUGGGCAUCGGCUCGUCGGCGCCGAUAAUUAGCGACAAGACAGUAGACACGACGUCUGGCAGAGUCCGUGGACGCCGCUAUACAAAUGUCGAUGGGCGGCUGGUGGAUGGUUUUCUGGGCAUUCCGUAUGCCGAGCCACCGGUUGGCGAGCUGCGUUUCCAGAAACCAGUGCCCGUCAAAAAAUGGGCCGACACACUGGACUGCUUCCACUUUGGGCCGAGAUGCCCGCAGACCGACGAGUAUUUCACCGGAUUCCUGAACAUUGUCGGAAAGGAUGAGGCCAAGUGCUUGACACUGAACAUUUUCGCGCCCCAGUGGACCAGCGAGGAGUUUCCCCAGGGCCACCCGGUGAUGGUUUGGAUUCAUGGCGGUGGUUAUACGAUGCACUCCAGUUCAAACUAUGGGGAUCGCACGUUGGCGAGAAACCUAUGCGCCAAGGACCUGAUCGUGGUGUCGAUCAACUACCGCCUCGGGAUUUUCGGGUUCUUCACGACUGGUGAUGAGCAUUGCUUGGGAAACAACGGACUUUGGGACCAGACGCUUGCACUCCAGUGGAUCCGCGACAACAUCGCCAAGUUCGGCGGUGAUCCGAAUAACGUGACGGUGUUCGGGCAAAGUGCCGGCGGGGCCUCCAGCGAUUUGCUCAGUUUAUCGCCGUAUUCUCGAGAUCUAUUCCACAAGGUGAUCCCUAUGGCCGGAAACGGGGAGUGCGAUUUUGCGGUUCGAACGGCGGCCGACCAAGCAAAGUUGUCGAGGGAUUUUGCAAAGUUUAUUGGCUAUAAGCCGGCAGAAUUUGCUUAUCUGGAAGAAGACACAAGCGAGGACGUGCUCGAGUGGCUUCGUGGGCAAUAUGCCGAGUUGCUGGAGCUCGGAAUGUCCGGAAAAAAGGGUUUCGGACGACCGGGGCAACUGCUUUUCGUCCCUAACCUCGAUGGCGACUUUUUCCCCAAGUCACUUGCCGAGCUCCGAAAAGAGGCGCCGCGGAAGCCGCGGAUGCUGGGGGUCACCCAGCAUGAGGGGCUGUUCUUUGUCGGUUUCUCCGGCCUCGCGAAAUCGUACGAAAGCGUGGAGCGCUUCAUCGACCGGUGCCUACCCGACGAAAAGUACGAGAAUGCCGAGCGGUUACGGACCGAGGUAAAAGAGCUGUAUCUGAAAGGCGUCGAUCCGAAGGACCGAAAAGAAGUGGUGUUCCGGAUGGCAAAGGUGCUCGGUGACUGGGCGAUAAACGCCGGCACGUGGGAGCUAGCGCGGAUAGAGGCGGAGCUCGGUUCUCCCGUCUACCUCUACCAGUUCAACUAUUUCAACCCGGACGGAGCAACGCACUGCACCGAGCUACGUUAUAUCCUCGGCAAGGGCAUCAUCAGCAAGUUCCGCCCCAACGACGACGACCUGAAGAUGGUCGACCUGAUGACGGAUUUCUUUGCAAAUUUCGCAAAAUAUGGUAACCCCAACGGGAAAACAGAUGCGGAUGGCGUUUGGAAAAAGCACGAUCCGCAGAACCUGAGUCGGCAUUUGGCGAUUGAGUUGCCGCCAAAAAUGGAGGACAACUUCAUCGAGGGACGGCCCGAAUUUUGGCACAAAAUCUACCUGGCGCGCAAGGACCGGGCACAUCUG